CGGCAGUCGGUUGGUCAAAAAGCUUUUUGAGGAAAGCGGUCCUCCAGACCUCUGCUGCCUUCACUAAAUGAACGCCGACCCCAAGCGACGUCUGAUUUUGUAAUACCCAGGACUACAUUUGGUUACAAUGAGAGUCGUAAUAGGAGGUGGAACUGGCUUUGUGGGUCGUGAGUUGAUUCGCCUUCUCAGAGAUAAAGGUCACGAGGUCACCGUCAUCUCUCGCCAGCAAGGUCCUGGGAGAAUAACCUGGAGUGAGUUGCAGUCAGGCGGCCUCCCACCAUGUGAGGGCGCUGUCAACUUGGCAGGAGAGAACCUCAUGAACCCUCUCCGAUGGUGGGGCAAAAGCUACAAGGAGGACUUGUUUUCCAGUCGUAUUGACACGACAAAAGCUCUGGCUCAAGCGAUCGCAGCGUCCCCAAGUCCUCCUCAGUCGUGGGUCCUGGUGUCUGGUGUAGCGUGCUACCAGCCCAGUUUGACAGCUGAGUAUACAGAAGACAGUGAUUGGACGCCCUUUGACCUGCUCUCUAAACUCGUGCAAGAGUGGGAAGCUUCUGCACUUUUGCCAAAAAGUGUGACAGAAAGCACCAAGCAAGUGGUAAUCAGACCUGGGGCAGUGUUGGGUCGGGAUGGCGGCGCUAUGAAGCAGAUGCUCCUGCCCUUCUGGCUCGGUCUUGGCGGUACCCUUGGCUCCGGGCGGCAGCCCUUUCCUUGGAUUCACGUUUCAGACCUGGCUGGACUCAUCGCUUACGCCUUGGAGCCUCCCAUUGGCACGCCCCUAUCCUCACCACAGGUCUUUAACGGAGUAGCCCCCACCCUCAACACCAACUACGAAUUCACUAAAGAACUAGGGCGGGUCAUGAGGCGGCCCACCAUCUUUCCUGUGCCGGGUGUUGUCAUGAACGCUCUAAUGGGCUCGGAGAGAGCCGUGGUUCUCACUCAGGGCCAGAAAGUGCUUCCCAAGAGGACUCUAGAGGCCGGGUUUCAGUAUAAGUACCCAGACCUGUCCUCGGCCCUCAAAGAGAUUGUAGCAAGUUAAAAAUAAAGAUUGUGUAUCAUACAGCCAUGCACUGUAUCACAGAAACAAUUAUGCUAACGAAUGGAGAAAGUGUCUUCAACCACAAUAACUGCAUCCUGGUUAGAAAAU